CAUGGCUAUUAUUGUGAAGUUCCAAACCGGACGUUGUAGCAUCACCCCCGGAAGCUUGUCUCCGGGUUGUCUCAUUAUGGUCGCCGUCCCAUCAGCGGUAGGGAAUACAAACCUGACGGGAUUAGGAGCUUCCUUCGCGGUCGAGGAGUUUAGGAACAUUUUCUUUUUUAUUCCGAUUCAGAACAUUUUAUCGCCGCCAUCUUGGCCGGAGGCGGGCGCGAGGACGCCGGGACCCCACAUGGUCUGGUCCUGGCAUCUUUACUGUCAGUGGAGUACCGGGAGGAUGAACGGAACCGAGCCUGGACACGCUGAGGAGGCCUUCAGGGACCGCAGGAAUCCUUAAACCCGCACAGGACGCCGGUUCUGUUGGUUUGGAGGAGCUGGACACACCAGAACAGAUCUGAACCGGAUCAUUUAAGAACAACUGGACCAGCUGGAAUCCCAGAAAUGAACGAUCGAGUCGGUGCGGCAUCAAACUGAAACCCUUCAGACCCGAUGAUGAGGGGCAGGCCCACCGCCUGCAGGACUACCCUGGUCUGAAGGAGUUCUGGUUCCCCUACGGGAGACAAACCCGCAUCUGCAGGUCGGUGACCCGCCGCAGCGAUGGACUACCACGCCGAGUGCUGCUUCUGUGACCCGGAGGAGGGCCCGGAUGAGCCCCCCCUUCACAGCAUCCACGCUCCCAACCGGAUCCGACCGUCGUCCUACCGAGCCCUGAGGAGCGCCGUGUCCAGCCUGGCGCGGAUCGACGACUUCUUCUGUGAGAAGAUCGGAUCGGGCUUCUUCUCCGAGGUCUUCAAGGUGCAGCAUCGUAUCACAGGCCAGGUGAUGGCGCUGAAGAUGAACACGCUGGCGAGCAACAAGGCGAACAUGCUGCGGGAGGUGCAGCUCAUGAACCGCCUCUGCCAUCCCAACAUCCUCAGGUUCCUGGGCGUUUGUGUUCAUGAAGGUCAGCUCCACGCUUUGACUGAGUACAUAAACGGAGGAAACCUGGAGCAGCUGCUGGACAGCGACCUGUUCCUGUCCUGGGGGGUCAGGCUGGGCCUUUCUCAGGACAUCGCUCGAGGGCUGCAGUACCUGCACAGCAAAGGCAUCUUCCACCGAGACCUCACCUCCAAGAACUGUCUGGUCCGCUGUGAGAACGGCAGAUUCACCGCUGUGGUUGGAGACUUCGGGCUGGCAGAGAAGAUCCCUGACUACAGUGGUCCUGAGGAGAAGCAGCCUCUGGCCAUUGUGGGCUCUCCGUACUGGAUGGCUCCUGAAGUUCUGAGAGGAGAACUUUAUAAUGAAAAGGUGGACGUGUUUGCGUACGGCAUCAUCCUGUGUGAGAUUAUCGCCCGGAUCGAAGCCGACCCGGAUGUCUUACCCAGAACAGAGGACUUCGGUCUGGAUGUGGAGACCUUCAGGAACAUGAUUGGGGAUUGUCCCGUGGGGUUCUUCGGCCUGGCCGUGUCCUGCUGUAAUAUGAGCGCGGAGAGCCGUCCCUCCUUCUCCGACAUCGUCUUCUCUUUGGAGGACAUGGAGAAGCAGGAGGAGCGCGACCUUCCCACCGAGCCCCUGGCGGUGGAGGUCAGCCCGUACCGGCGCCGCAGCUCGCCGUGCCCCCCCGCAGACCGCUCUCAGCUGCAUCAGGGACUCUCCCGGAGCCAGUCGGACAUGCUGCCCCCCAGCACCCUGACCUCCCCGCUGCUGGGGACCCCCGCCAGGGUCAACCCUUUCUCUCUAAGGCGGGACUUAAAUGGGGGGAGGUGCAAACUCUUGGACACGCCCAGCAAGUCCGUCAUCUCGCUGACCUUUGCCCUGCCGGCGCAUCCCUGCACCUCCCCCCACCUCCUCAGAGGGACGCGGGGGCCACAGCGGAGGUGCCAGUCUCUGCCCUGCACCCCAGAGAUGAGCCGCAUCCCCCCCUUCCCAGCUGAGUACCCAGAGGACAGCAGCAGGGCGGGGCUUGGUGGGGGUGUGCAUGGAGACGCAGAUCUCUCAGAAAGGAGGGGCUUGUUGAAGGAGGGGGGCGGGGACGAAGACUCUGGACUUCCUGUCGAGCUGGAGAUGGUUUCUCUGGAGCGGCUGGAGGAGGAGGCGGAGCUAGAAGAGGCGGAGCUGGAGGAGAGCGCCUGUCUGACUGAACCCAUGGACUGCAGCCGGUCACCUGACCCUGCAGACAGAAUCCUGAACUCCACCCCCCUGAAGCCAAGCCACGCCUCCUUGCUAACCAAUGGAUGGAGACUCCCCAUUUCCAACGGACCGCCCACUUUGUCCCCCCCGCUGCGACUGGACAACAACAACGGCUCCGCCGUGGUGAUUGGUCAGCAGGUGCAGUGGGGCGGGGCUGUGGUCUCCAACGGUCAUGGCGCUUCCCGAGUUCCACCCUCCGACUCCCCGGAGCAGGAGGAGGCGGUCUCCUGCCCCAGCUGCUGCUGGGUGGGGCUGAGCCUCCCGACCGCGUGCCUCCGCGGCUCCACCGCGAUGCCCGGCCCCCGACGCCGGGCCUCUUUGCCUCGACCACGCUCCUACCGAAACCUGAAUGGGACCAUAAGCGGCAGCGGCGCCUCGUCUGCAUCAAAGGCGACCAAAGGGCUCCUGUGUGGCGCCACCAACGGACUGGGGGGGGCGGGCCGCUCCGAGCCGGGCCGCUCGCUUCCGGAAGCUUAGACUUAAGAGAGAAUCCAGAACACGAACCAGUGGGGGUUCGGACCGGUGGGUCCUCAUUAUCCCCGCCCCCAAACACCCCAGGCCCCGCCCCUCUGUGUUGGGAGAGGGAACUUGUUUCCUUCUUUGGAAGUUUGGAAAAAAAAAUCUGUGAGGGGAGGGGAGUUACCUGUGAGGGUGGGGCAAGUACCUCUGAGGGUAGGGGCAGGUGCCUGUGACUGCCUGGCUCCCACUUGUUAGGACGGGACCCCUACCUGUGAGGAGAGGGGCAGUUUCCUGUGAGGACGGGGCCCCCACCUGUGAGGGCGGAGCAGCUACAUGAGAGGGCGUGGCUCCCACUUGUGAGGACGGGACCCCUACCUGUGAGGAGAGGGGCAGUUUCCUGUGAAGGCGGAGCAGCUACCUGAGAAGGCGGGGCCCUCACCUUAGAGGGCGGAGCAGCUACAUGAGAGGGUGGGGCCCCACUUGUGAGGGCAGGGCCCUCACCUGUGAGGGCGGAGCAGCUACCUGUGAGGGCGGGGCCCCACUUGUGAGGGCAAGCCCCCCACCUGAGAGGGCGGGGCCUGCAGAAGCUCUUUUCUAAUGUUUGCACUCCAGUUUUCAGCACUUUUCUUUUCUGAAGACGUUCAGAUGAAACCUGCAGCUUUUCAUGAGAGAAUGUAACUUCCACUCAUUCACACAAACGUGUGUUUGUUUUUGUGUGAAUGUGUAAUAUGUUCAUUUGUAUAUUUGUGUGUGAACUGACUUCAGUUCUGAUGAAAUCUUAAUUUAUUUUCUGCUGAGUCAUGCCAGGUGGGCGUGGUUUUCUGUUCCACUCAGACUUUGUGCUUAAAUGUUUAUAAAUAAACAAACUUGGGAAUAAAA